UCCUAUUUAUGUUAAUAUCAGUGAUACUGUCUCGAAAUCUUGUGGCAAAACAAUAACAAACUGUGUUUUACGAUUGGAUCGUAUGAAUUUUCGGUGCAUAACUAAAAAAAAUAGUGUAAAAGUAAAUAACAAUAUAUAUUUUUUGUUUGUAAUAUCUUUUAUCAAAGCUGGAAAAAAGUUAAAUUUACAAGACAUCAAAUUCAGUAAAUAUUUUGAGCCAAUGUUGUUGGCUAAGAAAAAUAUUUGCUGACGAAAGUCAUGGUCGUUUCAUUUGAGGGCGGUGAAUGUACUAUGUAAUCGUAUGAUUGAAGAUUGUUAUUAAUUUGCAAUAUCACAAAGUAUGAAAACGGAUGAAUCCUUAUAUUAGGAUUUUAUUAAUUACCUGAACUAUCAAUUUUGAAUCCGUAAACAUAUACGGAUUCUAAUUUAUUUUUGUUCUUUUUGGACUUAUGCAAAUUGAAUUUAACUAUCAAGUAUAUUUUAUUGUUAAAAAAUUUAGAUUUUAAAAGUUAUAUUUUAAAUUAUUAUAAAGAAUAGAAUAUUUGAAAAAAAAAGAAAUUGAUUUAUAUUAAUGGGAGAAUCUGGAUACAUUGAAUUAUUUUCGAAAAUCAAAGCUAGCCCAAUGGAUGGAAUAAUAAAGCAAGAACCAAAUCAAGAAAUGGGUCCAUCUUCAGCAUCAGUACCAAUACCAGGAGGACAUAGAAGUACCAGAGGUGUAUAUGAACAAUUUUCACCAUCUCCAUUGACAUCAAUAUGGCCCAAUAGAUCGGAUCAUAUAGAAUCACCAUUUAAAGUAGAUUCUGAUCAGUUAGAUGAUUUUUUUAAAACAGAGAAAUGGGAAGAUGAUGACAUAUUACAAGUGGAUAAAGCAGAUCUUAUUCAAGGACCUACACUUGCUGAAUUAAAUGCAAAUGAUGAUACACUUCUUGGUGAUUUAAAUUUUGAUGAUUUACUUUUGCCAGAAGAAAGAAUUCAACCAUUUAAAAUGGAUGUUAAUGUAGUUCAAUCAGUUGCCCCAUUAUUUAAUGAUAACAAUGUUGGAUUUGCUCCAAGUAGUUUUCCACAGUCUGGUUCAACAUAUCGUAAUAUUCCAACAUAUAUAAAUACACAUGGAUUCAAUUUAAAUAUAAAUAUCAAUGUUGCAGAUAAUUUAGAAACAAUUAGUCCUAAUACUUUUCCAAGUCCAGGAACCAGUAACAUUGCAGGUAGUUCAACUGCAAGUUCUUCAACAUCUCCACAUCCAAUUAAUAAACCUAAUGGACAAUCUGCUCUUCAUGAAUUAUUAAUGAGACGAUGUGAAAAUUCUUUUGACAAUACUUCCCAUGGCCAAAUGGAUGUUGGAUGCACAAAUAAUAAAUCUAAAGUUUCUAGACUAUCUAUGUCUGCACCAACCAGAACAAUGGGACUAGACCAAAUUUGGGCUCGUAGAGAGCCACGUCCACAUUUAUUAAGUACUGGAAGUCUUGGUGUUGUUGAAGCAGGUUCAACAAGUAGUAUAAGUACUGGAGGCGCGCUUAGUCCAGAUCCAUUGUAUCAUAUUGAUCAUCUCAGUCAUGAUGAAGGUUAUGAAGAUAGUGAUGAUGAUAGUGAUCAUUAUGAUGAUUAUAGCAGCGAUAACGAUACAGGUGGAAGUGAUGGUGAAGAUCAACAUAAUGGAAGUAGAGGAGGAGGUGGAAGUCUGGAUUCAAAUCGAGAUAGUAAACAUAAUAAAAAAGAACGAUAUUUUUGGCAAUAUAAUGUUCAAGCAAAAGGACCAAAAGGACAAAGAUUGGUUGCAAGAACUCGUCUUGAAGAUCCACAUAUUUUAAAUGAAGCUACAGAUCCUGUUUUUAGUCCUCAUUGUGCACUUCGUGGAAUUAAACACAGUGGAAAAGCUCGAAAAGGAGAUGGAAAUGAUCUUACUCCAAAUCCACGAAAAUUAUAUAGUAUAGGUCGCGAAUUGGAUAAAUUAUCUCGUAUUAUUAAUGAUAUGACACCAGUUUCCGAGUUACCAUUUACGGCAAGGCCCAAAACGCGCAAAGAAAAGAAUAAACUUGCUUCGAGAGCAUGUCGUUUAAAGAAGAAAGCUCAACAUGAAGCAAAUAAAAUAAAAUUACACGGCUUAGAACAAGAACACAGACGAUUAAUUCAAGGUAUAUCUCAGGCCAAACAAACACUUGCAGCAAAAUUAACAGAACCUAAUCCUGAAAAUCAAGAAGAGUUAACACGUCAAAUGGAGAAAUAUUGUAAAUUGGCUACCAAAAUACGGAUAGCAAAUCAUUCAACUGAAUUUGUUAAUAAAGUAUUGGAUAAAGUACGUGCUGGUGUUCCUGAUGGUGGCAUUGAUGACUUCUAAUACACAAUAAUUGUUUGCUAAAAAUAUUUAUAUGAGCGCAUAAAAAAUGCGAGGUGGAAACGAUGUGUAUAAAAUAUUAAUUUCAUCGUAAAUCUUGAAUUGAAUGCUACACGUGGAAAU